AUUUUUUUAUUUUUUCUCUUUUUCUCUCUCUCUCUCUCUCUUUCCUUUGAACGGACGCCUGCUGCAAGGGGGGGAACCCCUGCCGCCGCUCGGACCACCCGCCGCAUCCACCGAGGCGGAUGCGCCCUCACGGCCUCCAGCGAGCACGAGGGCGUGCUCUGCUUGCCGCGCGGCCCCGCACCGCCCUCGCGACCGACGGCCCAGGGCGCGCCCGACGCCAGCAGUACGCAGGGCGCGAGAUGCUGCCGCCGGCGCGGGCGCGCACGGCUGGCGACGAGCCGGCAGAGGAGGGACGAGCGGGCGGGCUUCGAGGCGGUGGUCUCCGACGGUCUGGGACAGGGUGCAGAAAAGCACAGGAGAUGCCGCAGAGCGGGCUGCAGCGCAAAGCGAGGCGCUGCGGGGGUGAACCCUGCAGCUCCCUAUAUGCCGCCACGCUGGUUCCGGGCAGGCUGUGCUGUCCGGCGGAAGGGGACGAGGAGGGGAGAAGCAGGCAUUUCCCCAGCAGGCCUUGGGCGGGGGGUCGCCGCGGAAGCCCCCAGGAGAGGUGGGCCCCAGGGGAAACUCCCCUGUUGAAUGCAAAGCCCCCUAAAAAGAGUCGAGGCGGCGGUGGUCCACCCACGCCGCGCGCGCGCGAGCGCACUUCAUUGAGAUCGCUGCCAGCCUGCCAUGGUCGCGCUGCGCUCGGCCCGACGCCCUGCCAACAGCGCUCUGAGGCCGCGGGCUCUGGCCCGAGGGGCUGACCGUUGCCAGCGGAGCUACGCCGCCAGGGAAAGCCGAGCGCGCUUGGCCCCGCGGCCCUCCGAGUCGUGGCCAGGCCUCGCGGGCAGCACGCCGAGCAUCCGCGCGAAGGCCGCGGCCACAAGCGCAUGGUCGGUGGGGCUGUCCAGCGCAGCCAUCUCUCGCUCCAGCUCCUCCAAAGUCGGGUGGGCGAAGGCCGCGUCUUCUGGCGGCCCCUGGUCGCGAGUGCGCUCGAGCAGCCCGCGCAGCACCUUCCUGCCAGUGGGCGUCGAGAGCUCAGGGUGCGACUGCGUGCUGAGGCCGAACGCGCCCCACGUGGCACCCCAAUGACCGCUUCGGUUAUAGCCCCAGCUCUCUGCGCCGGCGGGCAGGGUCACCACGACGUCCGAGUGGUAGCAGAAGAGCCGCAGGUGUUCGGCAGAGUCGAUUCCCAUAACCUGCUGCGCUUGCCGCGAUGGCGCGUAUGACUUCAGGCCAGUCUGCAGGCCAGCUGGGCUCGCCACCACGCACCCGCCCAGCGCGGCCACCAUGGCCUGGUGACCGAAGCAGACGCCGACGAGCGGCCGCUGCUGGGCGCGGAGCGAGCGGAUGAAGUCGAGGAGCUUGCUGGCCCACGGAGGGUGCUCUGCACUUGCCGCUACUGAGCACAGGCUACCCAUGACCAUGAAGCCGCUGAACGUGUCCAGGUCGCCUGGAUAAGCGCCCGAUGUUGCGUCAACGACAGUCAGCUCCCAAGACUCGCUCGCGACUUCGUCGAACAACUCUCGUACCAUCCCUGGCACAGCCUCGGCAUCUUCGAUACGGGUCCUGGCCUAGCUGCAGCACGCAGACGCGAGGGGACCGCGCGGCGGGCGCGGGCAACGGUGGCCUCUGAGCUAAGAUCUCGCACACUAUCUCCUCAGACUUGGCCAGCCGCGCGAAGCCGCGCAUAUUCCGGAGGCCCGACUCGUGCUCGCCCUGGGACUUGGCGGCGCACGCGUCCUCUGGCACUGUGACCAGGAAACCGAGGUCUGCGGCGUCCCUCACCGCGGACUCCACGCACUGGUUGGUCAACUGGCCGCAGACGAUCAAAUACCGCGAGCCCAAGUUCCGCAGCACGUAGGCAAUGUUCGUGGAGCAAAAAACAGAGCAGGAGGUCUUGGGCAACACGAUCUCGUCGGCCGCUGGCGCCACCUCCGGGAGCACCCUGGCGUCAGGAUGGCCCCUCGGCACGAGCAGGGGCCCGGACAGCUUGUAGUCCAGUGAUGCGUCGCGGCCGUCCAGGGUGAGGGCCUCGAUGACGGUGUAGACCACCUCUACCCCCGCCGAGCGCGCCGCGCCCAGAAGCGCCGCAAUGCCGGGGAUCAUCACGUCCCGCACGCGGUCGAAGAAAUACGGCAUGUCUUCCCGCCUCGUGCCCUCGUGGCACCCCCUUUCGGGGCGGCUGCAGUACUCCUGCACGUCCACCACCAGCAAAGCGGUCUCCGCCGCCACGCAGGGCACGUUGCGCGUUGAGCCCUUCGGGACUCGCUUCGGGUGGCCGAACACAUAUGCCAUGGCGAGCGACCGCGCUGGCGGACCCAGUGCGGGCAGCUGGCGGCGUGUCGCCCCACCUGGGCACCGAUGACUUGGGAGGGGGGACGGUGAAAAGGAGGGAGGACCAGCCGAGGAGAAAGAGAAGAGAGGAGGAUGGGGGGGAGGC